CUGUCGAUGACGGGUAAUCGACGAGAGAACCUGGUGUCACAAUGGAUAUUCAUCGCAGAAGCCAUUCUACGACUUCACUUGAAUGAGAUUCCAUCCCUCUCAUGCUGCACUUAUCAGUCGGUCUGCGCUACUGCAUGUGUGCUUACUUACAUCCACAGCGCAGACCGAAGCACACGAACGUUCGAAUCCUACAAGUGA